AAUGCUUCUUCCUCUUACAGUCAACAGUCAAGUCAACCAGUACAUAGUACAUGUAAUUCCAACACUACGAGGUGUCGAGAUAACCACACAUUCCAAUGAGCACUACUAACGGCAUGAACACUGCCUUCGGUACUUUGGUGCUCAUUCAGAACAUUGUGAACAGCCAUCAUAGAAUAGAGUCAAUGAACUUUUCUCCAGAGACGCAGAACCAAUGCGGUGCGGAGGGAGAGCGGUCGGUUGAUGGUGAUACCAUGGAUGAAAGCUUGAUGGAGGCUCUGGUCGCACAUAAUAGUUCAAGCGCUCCGACGACCAGGAACGAAGAAGCAAUGCUUGUUCCUGAAGAGUCCGAAUCAAAAGGUCUCAAAACUCAUCAUCAAGAUCCCGCUCGAUCUGACUGCGUCAAGAGGCAGAAAGAAGUGCCAACACCGGCGGAUUUCUUUCCAGAGAGAGCAGGUCUUGUGCCGGGAGGACUGGCGGCGGUGGGCGUUACGGAGGUUGAGGAGGAAAUGCCCGGGGCUUACGCGGUUGCUGGCAUGGCGUCGUCGGACGAAAACCCUGACAGUGCUCAGGCAGUGGAAAACUGUCCAGAAGAGUCGUCGACUCGUUGUGGAGAAGACGAGGAGACGGGGCAUGCAGGUACCGGUACGCACGUGACUGUGGCGGACGCCCCCACCUUGGCCGAGGCCCUUCCAGUGGAAGACGCACCUACUGAUUUGCAGGUUGCAGAGUCCAUUCGUGUAGAAACUUCUACGAAGCGAGACGUUUGGGUCUUCAUGCCUUAUGCAAAAGUGCUUGUGGCGUUGCUGAUUUGCGUGGUGGUCGUCGUUGCGAUCGUCCUGGGCGUGAAAAGCGGUUCACCCCAUGAAGAAGAGACCAGUGGACAUGCCGAAGAGCUGGCCAUACGAAUGAUUGUCUCGAAUGCAUUGGAAGACCCAAGCACUCUACAAGACGUAAACUCGCCCACGUUCAGAGCACUGGAUUGGAUACUCCAUGUGGAUCCCAUGCAACUUGGCUUUGAUUCUCCCAACCUAUUACAGCGUUUCUUCGUUGUCCUGUUCUACUUGAGUACCACAGAGGAAGGACCAUGGGUGGACUGCAACCCAGGCGCUGACUUGACAGUCGAGGCCAACGACCUGAUAUGCCACCACCGAGUCGUUCGUGGGGCAUUUGAAGUUGGGCACGUGUUCUACAACCACCUUCUGUCCCCACACGAUGGAACGGUGGCAACUCGUUGGCUAACUGGCCGACAUGAGUGUCAAUGGGCAGGUCUCUAUUGUGGCAACAACAGUAGCAAGAUCGAGUGGAUGCAGCUUGAUGCAAUGAACUUGACUGGCACUAUCCCUGCAGAGUUCUCGCUCCUGGACGAGCUCAAAGUGGUUUCACUCUCUGGCAAUGGUCUAUAUGGCACUCUACCAGAGUCAUUAGCAGCACUUCGACACCUCCAAGUUAUCCAUCUUUCGGACAAUGCCUUUGGAGGGACAAUUCCGCCCGACUGGUGGAAUAUUCACACCCUGCUCCACCUGGAUCUUUCCUAUAACCCACUGAACUCCUGGACGAUUCCCUCUGCGAUUACAGCCUUGUCUCAAUUGGAGUACCUGAUUCUGACGGACUCUGAGACCACAGGGACCAUACCAGCUAGUGUGUACCAACUGACCAAUCUGCGAUACCUUGCCAUUCGCUACAACGACAUUACAGGGACCAUUUCCAGUGAGAUUGGUCUGUUAAGCAACUUGGAAGUGAUGUCCUUCAAGCACAAUGUGUUUUCUGGAAGUCUUCCUUCCGAGGUUGCCCAACUGAGCAAUCUUUUGGAACUGGACGUGUGGGGCACUGGCUUGACAGGGACCAUUCCAGAAGAACUGUACUUUGCGGACUAUGCCGGACUCAAUGCACUCAUUUUGGGCUACAAUCAGUUCUCGGGGACAAUAAGUUCCAACCUUGUUCGAUUGUCGCAUCUGAGCUAUCUGCUACUGACGCACAAUCCCUUGCUGGUGGGUACACUCCCCUCCGAGUUGGCUCUGAUGUCGUCCUUGUACAAGAUUACGCUGGAUGGGACGGGGUUGACCGGUUCCGUUCCAGCCGAACUUUGUGCCCAGCGUGGGGAAAUGAUUCUCGGCCGCGUUAAUGCCGAUUGUGAGACUCUGCCCGACGGCACCACUCCUUUGUUUUGUCCUGUUGGUUGCUGUACCAAGUGUUGCAAUAGUGAGACGGGUAUCUGCACGAAGACUGGCUAUUAGGGCAGCUCUAGGCUAAAGACAUGCUGGCAGGCAGAGAGAACACACUUUUCCCUCUGUCCGUGACAUCUAUCAUGCUGGUUGAAAUUGGCUUGCUGGCAAAAACUUGUAAAUAGGCAUACUUCAUUGACUUUUUGCUCAGGUUCACAUCAUGUAAUCGAGUGUUGGCCCUAUGCAUCCUCAGCAGAUACUAGUACAUGUAUCAUUGAGCAUUUGUAUUCCUGUUUCUUCUCUG